AUGGAGCUUUCAAAGAGCAAUUUGGGUUUCACUUUCUCCAAAUGCUCCCAAAAGCUUGCCAUGAAGCUGCUGACAGGCUAUUUCCAGCAUAAAAUCAUGAUGAAAUUUGCCCCCUGCUUCCCAGAGUCUCAAAGGGACAUCUACCUGUCAUUUGCAGUAUUAGAGAAACGAAGACACCAAUCACUUUCUUUGACAGAGACUGAGGGCUGCUCCUGUGAAGCCACCACAGACUAGCCAGACCUGCAUGCCCACCUCAACCGCUGCAACUCUAAGGUGGAAACUGGCUGCUGGAUGAUCUAUGAGCAUCUCAACUACAUAGGCCAUCAAUACUUCCUGAGGAAGGGAGAAUAUCCUGACUACCAACACUGAAUGGGCUUCAAUGACUCCAUUAGGUCUUGUUGUAUCAUCACAGCACCCCAGGAGCACAGCUGGCUACAGAUCUAUGACCAGCAUGACUUCAGAGGCAGGAUGUAGGAGUUCAUGGAUAACUGCCCUUCUUUCCAGCAUGAUUUUCACUACAGAGACAUCCAGUCUCAUAAUGUACCUGAAGAAAGCUGGGUUUUCUAUGAACACCCACACUUCCAAGGACAGCAGUACCUCCUGAGGCCUGGCAAGUACAGGUACAUCACUGACUGGGGUGCCAUAACAGUCAAAGUUGGAUCCUCCCAACCAACAGUGGAUAUUUCCUAA